UGAGGCCAUCAGCGAAUCUCAUUGACUUACAUUCAGAGCGAAACCACUUUGGAAAACGCAUCAACUGCAUCAGUUCACCAGGUCGGAAUAACGAUGUCAGAGCUGUGGAGGUUGUCAUUUUGCAUGUCAGGAGUUCUUUUUAUAACCUUCCUCUCCCUGGAGAUCGCAAGCUCCUCAUCAGUCAGUCACCAGAUGCCUCCUGAUCUCAUCCAUCCUCCACAAACCAGGAGCGAAGCACAGAGACACAGACAUCAGAUCAACUCGACACGAACACAGAUAGAUUUGAAAGGACUCAACGUUUGUGGCACCAAGUGCUGUUAUUCAUGGCUGGUCAACCCUAAGACCAAACAAUGCACAAAGCCAAGAUGUCAUCCGCGAUGCCAUAAUAAAGCAGUUUGUCGCCGGCUGAACAUCUGUCAGUGUCGUCCAGGCUUCCACGGCCAUCGCUGUGAACACGCUAAUGUCACGCCAACCAUGAGCACCUGGUUUGAAGCUCAUCCUGGUCCCACGGUACCCUCAACUGCCACCACCUCAACAGUUACCAUGGCAACUCCCGCAUCCACCACCAUCCAUGGCAACAUCUCCACAUCUGCCUUCAGUGAUACUAAUCCAGAUGCAAAAACGUCAUACUCAUUACGCUGGCAGCCACCCAGAUUUAAAGAGGCCCAGUCAGUUCUUUUGAAGGAAGCUCUGUCCAGUAGAACUGGUGGAGAGAAGAUCACAAGCAUUAUAUUGAAAUACAUUGAAUCAGAGCGAAGCAGAUUGGAGUCUUCAUCCUCUGCUCAAGCAACAAAGAUCUCCAGCACCAAAACCUUCCACACUCAGCGUGGCCAGUUCACCCUCAUCUACGUCGCAGCUGUGGCUCAGCUCUCGUCCGGCCAGCAGCAGCGCUCCGCCGUCAUCCGAGGGGGUUCGGAGAGGAUCAAAGUGCUCUUCACCCCCACCAUCUGCAGGCUGCGCUGCACGCAGGGACGCUGCACCAACUACUGCGAGCGCGGAAAUGUCACCACUAUCUACAACAGCGAGGACAGACAGGCAGGACAGACGCCGCCUGGAUCCGGCUUCAGAGUGUUCGUGUGUCCGAUGUUGUGUAAGAACGGAGGAGUGUGCGUACAGAAAGAUCAGUGUCUCUGCCCACCCAACUUCACUGGGAAGUUCUGCCACAUCCCCGUCUCCACCGCCGCCUCCACCAAUGACAUCGAGAACCCGGCGACGAGUGCUGCCGAUUCAUCCAAUCAGCCGAUGACCUCUGAGUACAUACUGCCUCUGCAGACGCCUGAGCUGAUCAACACCAAUGUGUCCCCCAUGGUGAAGGUACGAGUCCAGCACCCUCCAGAGGCCAGUGUGAAGAUCCACCAGGUGCUGAAGGUGGGUUACGGCUCCUCCGUCCACGAGCGCUCGGAAACCGUGACCUGGUCCGCGGGGCUCCUGGGGGCCCGUCCUCACCAGCUGCCGGGAGAGAGAGCCGAGGCGCCACCGCCGCGGAUACAAGCCCAGACCAUACGCGGCGAUUCAGUCUACAGCGAGACGUCCGGCUUCAAAUACUGCUUCAGAGAAGUGCGCAACGGACAGUGCAGUUCUCCGUUACCUGGUCUGAGGAGUCAGGAGGUGUGCUGCCGGGGUGUUGGGAAGGCCUGGGGCAUCAACGAAUGCACGCUCUGUCCCGCCGUCUUAGGAAACACUGUUAAUGGACAGGGAAGCUGCCCGAAAGGCUUCGAGAGGGUCAACGGGACACAGUGUGUGGAUAUUAACGAGUGUUUGCAACCGGGUUUCUGUGAAAACGGGAACUGUGUUAACACCCGAGGGAGCUACAGUUGUGUCUGCAAAGAGGGCUACUUAUUGGACGCCUCUCAUGGGAUCUGCAUCUCGCAGAAGGUGAUUUCGGAGGAGAAGGACCAGUGUUUCCGUAUCUUGAACCAGGGCUCCUGUUCUCUGCCCAUCCUGAAGAACAUCACCAAACAGAUCUGCUGCUGCAGUCGAGUGGGCAAAGCCUGGGGGAAGAAGUGUGAGAUAUGCCCGUACUUCGGCUCAGGUAAGAGACCUUUCAGACAUUCAAAGAAUGUUCUUUUCCUUUUAAACAACUGCAUUGGAAUGAACAUCUUUAAUGCAGAAGUUUGGGCAAAGAGCAGUAAGAAGGCUGGAGGACAGCACAAAGAGAUCUGUCCUGCUGGACCGGGCUACCAUUAUUCCGCUUCGGCUGUCAAGUUUAACCAGAGGGUAGCCGAGAUGCAUGACACCGGCGGGCCGCCCCUGGUCUCCGAAAAUGGCCGCACAUCCACCAAGGACAUAGUAUCCCAACCCGAAAGCUCCAGGACUCACUCUGUAAUCUCACAGUCAACCCGAACCCAACAAGUGCCAUAUUCGCCGACCAACACGCAGACCAUCCGAGUCCAGCAGAGUCCUACAAGACCACAGCAAGCUGACACGGGUUCACAGACCGGUUCAGUAAUCAUUAUAACUCAACCAAAACCAAACCUUUCAACAAGUGGCGGCUCUCAAACCACAAAUGCCAGACCUCAGCAGCCUUCCAGCUUCCGUCCUGGGAGCGCGGCCACCGCAACCAGCCAGCCGGCCAGAGUGAACACACCUGUUGUACGGACGCAAACCAGCCGACCCUGGGUUAACAGACAGCCGGUAUCACCAGUCAGACCUCCUACAAGCCGACCACUUCCAACCAGACAAGAUGGCCGAGUGUGUGAAUCGAGACCUCAGGUGUGUGGUUCGGGUCGCUGUAUUGACCUGCCAGGCGGUCGACACAUGUGUGUGUGUAACACUGGAUAUAUCCUUAACCCUCAGCAGGGCCACUGCCAAGACAUAAACGAGUGUGUGCUGACGCCCCGGCCGUGUUCUGUGGGUCAGUGUGAGAAUACAGCGGGCAGCUUCCGGUGCAUUUGUCCAUCAGGAUACCAGACCAACUCCCAGCAGACCCUGUGUGUCGAUGUGGAUGAGUGCCGUCAGGUGCCCAGUCCCUGUGUUAACGGCCGCUGUGAAAACACACUGGGCAGCUUCAGGUGUUUGUGCAGGACUGGAUACAAGCUACAGGGCAACAGCUGCAUAGACAUAGAUGAGUGUGUGGACCCCCUGCGCUGUCCGGGUCAGGAGUGUGUGAACUCUCAGGGCUCUUACAGGUGUGUCUCCUGUAAGCCUGGCUUUGAUCUGCUCAACGGACAAUGUUCAGAUAUUGAUGAAUGUCGUCGGACGCCGUCACCCUGUCGGGACGGCCGCUGUGAAAACACACCCGGCAGCUACAGAUGCUCGUGUCGAACGGGUUACAGAUUCCAGGCCAACACCUGUGUGGAUGUGAAUGAGUGUGAGGAUCCAUCCCAGUGUCCCGGACAGGAGUGUGUGAACUCUCAGGGAUCGUAUCGCUGUGUGUCAUGCAGGCCUGGAUUUAAUUUUAAAAACGGAGCAUGUUCAGAUAUCGACGAAUGCCGUCAGACGCCGUCUCCUUGCUCUAACGGACUGUGUGAAAACACGCCGGGCAGCUUCAGGUGUGUGUGCAGAACCGGCUACAGACUUCAGGGCGGCUCCUGCAGAGAUGUGAAUGAGUGUGAGGAUCCAUCCCAGUGUCCCGGACAGGAGUGUGUGAACUCUCAGGGAUCGUAUCGCUGUGUUUCAUGCAGGCCUGGAUUUAGCCUUAAAAACAGAGCAUGUUCAGAUAUCGACGAGUGUCGCCAGACUCCUGAUGUGUGUGUUAACGGCCGCUGUGAGAAUAACGUGGGCAGCUACAGCUGUGUGUGUCGCCCUGGAUUCAGACUGGAGAGAAACAUCUGCAAAGAUGUGAACGAGUGUGAGAAUGAGCUUCAGUGUCCAGGAAAAGAGUGUGUGAACUCGCCCUCAAUCCUUCAACCUUCAUCCUGUCAUCCAGCCUCUCAACUUCCUAACGGCCAAUGCCAAGAUGUAGAUGAAUGCAGUCAAAACCCCACGCGCUGCACUAAUGGCCAGUGCAUGAACACUCCCGGCGGCUUCAGGUGUGUGUGUGAUCUGGGCUUCAGUCUACAGGACGGCACAUGCACGGACAUCGAUGAAUGUGCGAGUCCUCACAUGUGUGGGCCGCAGAGCGUGUGUGUGAACACGGACGGCUCGUUCCACUGCGACUGCUCGCCGGGAUACAGAGCGUCCGGACCGCGGCGUCUGUGCCGAGACAUCAACGAGUGUCUGGAAGGAGAUUUCUGCUUCCCGAGCGGAGAGUGUGUGAACACGGACGGAUCGUUUAAGUGUGUUUGCGCGCAGGGCUACAAGAGCACCGCUAACGGGACGUCCUGCCAAGAUGUGGACGAGUGUGUUCAGGAGGGAGUUUGUCAGGACGGCCGCUGCUCCAAUACUGAAGGAUCGUUCCUGUGCCACUGCCAAACCGGCUUCACCACCAACCCAGAGAAAACAAUCUGCCUGGAUGUGAACGAGUGUCUGGACUCCGAGCGACCGGUGUGUGGAUCCCAGCGCUGUGAGAACACCAUCGGCUCGUUCAGCUGCGUGGCGUCCUGCGAGCCCGGAUACCACAUCACCGCCUCCGGAGAGUGUGUGGACAUUAACGAGUGCGCUAACGAGACGGUGUGCGGACAUCACGCCUUCUGCCAGAAUCUGAUCGGCACGUAUCAGUGUCUGUGUGACCGGGGCUACGAGUCCACCGGCGACGGACAGAUGUGUGUGGACAUAAACGAGUGUGAGACGAUGCAGGGUGUGUGUGGCUCCGCACGCUGCUGGAACGUCGAGGGCUCUUUCACGUGUGAGUGUGAGAACGGACAGGAGGAAUUUGACCCGCUCGCAGGCCAGUGUGUGAGCAGAGAGAGAGCAGCUGCAGGUCAGUCGGGGCCGUCUGGUGGAGCCUCCUCUUCCUCAGCUGGCCACGGUUCGUCUGGAUCGACCGGCUCUCUGCCGCAGGCUCGGCCUGGAGAAACCAGAGAGUGUUACUACGGCGUAUCUGAGCCGCACUCCUGCAAGAUGUUGGCGCAAAACACCACGCUGCAGGAGUGCUGCUGUACAGCGGGACAGGGCUGGGGCCUCAUGUGCCAGUAUGACGUCUGUCCCGAGACGGGAACAGCGGAAUUCCAGUCGUUGUGUCCCAGCGGGAGAGGGUACGUCACCACGGAAACGGGAGCGUUCAGCUACAAGGAUGUGGAUGAGUGUAAGCUGUUUGAUCCGGAGGUGUGUAAAGGCGGCGUGUGUGUCAACAACAUUCCCGGCUAUGCCUGUUACUGUCCCAGCGGAUUCUACUACGACACGGAUCUGCUGGAGUGCAUCGAUAAUAAUGAAUGUGAGAGUGAGGAGACCUGCACCGGCGGUCAGUGUGUAAAUACACUGGGAACGUUUUACUGUACAUGUGAGCCUCCUCUAGUGCUGGACGACACACAGCGCAACUGUGUCAAUGCCAGCAGCCUCGCUGAGGAUGAGAACUUAAAUUUCUGUUGGCGUCACGUCACAGCGAGUCUAGUGUGUCAGAGCCCUUUGUUAGGAGCUCAGCUGACCUUCACUGAGUGCUGCUGUUUGUAUGGUGAGGCCUGGGGUCUGCAGUGUGCCCUGUGCCCCCGCAGAGAUGAAGAGGCCUAUGAGGCUCUGUGUAAUGAGUUCGGUCCUCCUCCAUACUCUCCUCGUUACUACGAGCGCUUUGGCGCUGGGCUCCUGCCUGGAAGAGGAGGAUACAGUCCUCCGUACAGCCCCCCAGAGUACCCCGAACCCCUGCCGGGACGCCCCGACUACAUGCCACCUGAUUAUGAUUACUACAGUCCUGUGGGAGCGGGUGGACGCCGGUCAGGGCUGAGAGGCAGAACGCCCGGCUCAUACGGGCUCCCAGACGCCCCCUACAGGCAGCCGGCCACAGGUGGAAGUCGUUACUAUGAGGAGGAUGAUUAUGAAACCGCACCCGGCCCUCCUUUCGGCAUCCCGGAUCCUCAGGCGCGACCCCUGCCGCCCCGGCUUCCACUCAGCUUGGCCCCGCUUCCGGAAAACUCCCCGUACAGCGAGGCCGAGGAGGAGGAGUCAUGGAGAGCCCCGCCCCCAUUCCCAAUGUUUCCCGAGAGACGGGAGGGACCACGACGAGUCCACGAGCGGAGAUACGAAUCGUACGGGAGUCUGAGUUCAGAAGAGUGUGGCAUUGUCCACGGCUGUGAGAACGGCCGCUGUAUCCGCGUGGAGGAAGGUUACACGUGUGACUGUUACGACGGCUAUCAGCUGGACAUCACUAGCAUGACGUGCACAGAUGUGGACGAGUGUGACGAUGAAGACACACUCGACUGCGUGAACGCUCACUGCGUGAACACGGAGGGCUCGUACAGGUGUGUGUGUCUCAGGGGCUUCAUCAUGUCCCGAAGACCCAACCACUGCAUCCCAGCUUGAUUUAGAGACUUUAUGUAAUUAUGUUUUCCUUUUUCCACCACGUUGCUGUAAAUGGUUUAUUUUUUUUUUUACAAUACUUGUGUGUAUAUAUCCAAAGGUCUAAUACUGAAGCUCUACAGAUGACACACACACUGUUGUGCUUUACUUAAAGCCUUUAUGUAUAAUGCAUUAUAAAGGUAUUUGUAACGUGUGUUGUAAUGCAUUGCAUCUUUUCAUAAAUUACUGUAACCAAAUGCAUUCUAAUAUUUGAAGGUUUGUUUGCCAUGCAUUAUCCUCCCGAAAGGUGUGUUCAGUGUAUAGCUAAGUAUUAUAAUGUGUUAUAACUGUGGUUCGUGAGAUGCAUUAUAAGGUGCAUUACAAGACAUUAAAACUACUUUUAUAAUGCAUUAUAUAUAUAUAAAGGCUUUAAGUAAAGCGUUACCAAAAAAUGAUAUAUUAAUGUACUUUUUCAUUGGUUGGACGCAGUCCAGAUGAGCUUGAAUGUAUUAUGAAUAUCCCUGAAACUGCAUAAACUAGAAGUGCUUUUUACUCAGAUUUCAUAUUUAUAUAUUCAUAUCAAUGAAUGCAAUUCCAUGUAUACUAUAUAUAAAUAUAUAUAUUUUUGUCAUAUGUCUGAGAAUUUCACUGCGUUGCUAUUUGAUACUGUAAAAUCUCUUUUCCUGUCUUUCGUGUCACGUAACACAAAAUGCACUGUAUUUGUGGGGGAAAUGCAGUCGUGAACUGCUAUUGUACAUUUUUAAGACUUGUUAGAAAUUUUUACAUGUAUGUUUUUGAUAUCUUCUGUGUUGUUUGGAAAUAUAUUUGCACACGUGCCCACUGA